GGAAAAAAGCCCGCGCGUAAAGGGAUGGCUGAAGACCGCAUCCUUAGUCGAUGCCUCAUCGUGAGGCCACUGGUCUCAUCAUCAAUGGCACUGCUGAUCUAUCAGCUGAUCUGCACUGCUGCUGCAUUCCAACCACCGCCCUCAUACAGCAGACUGAGCGGCCUGCGGAUGUCUUCACAGCGCGCAGACGCAGUAGCUGAAGCCAACACAGACAGGAGGAGUCUCGUCAAGGGCAUUGCUGCUGCUGGUGUUGGUCUGGGGCUGGUGGGCGGCAAGCGGGUGAUUGACGGGCCCGUCUACAGCAACGUCGUCGACUUGAGUGGGGAGAACAUCGUUAUCACUGGGGUGGGUGAGCACAGGACGGUGGUGAUGAAUCGCCUGCUGACCGGGGCGCACUUCGUUUGGUGUUGGUUGGUGCAGGGCAACACUGGGCUUGGGAAGGCCGCUGCUGUCCGCCUUGCAGCUCUCGGUGAGAAGCGAUGGACCCCUCACUUCACACGAUGUGUCGUGCUGUGCUGUGUGUGGAUGUGCUGCCGGUGUUGUCACGUGCAGGUGCUGCGGUUACGAUAGCCUGUCGGUCUCCAUCCAAGGCCGAGGCGGCUGUCAAGGACAUCCAGCAGGCCAGCGGGUCAUCAGCUGUCGAUGCCGUCCCCCUGGACCUCACGUAAGCAUCAGCCACACCGCUCUGCUGCCGACUAGGAUGCCAUCAGGGCAGGGCUUCCCCCCUGUUUGUGGGUGUGCAGUGAUUCCUCGUCGAUUGCGUCCUGUGCGAGAGAACUGUCUGGCCGUCUGGGCAAGAUUGACGUGCUGAUGAACAACGCUGGCGUGAUGGCCAUUCCCAACAGAGAGACCACCGCAGACGGAUACGAGAAACAAAUGGGGGUGAGUGAGUGAGUCUGUCAGCAAGGAGGCGACGCAUAGCAUCCGGCGUCAUUGCAUAUUCUCUCUUGCCCGUCUGUCCGUCCGUUUUGAACAGAUCAACCAUCUGGGUCACUUUCGCCUCACCAGCCUGGUGCUGCCCCUGCUGGCCGCCGCCUCCACACCACGAGUCGUCAACGUGUCCUCCAAGGCACACACUCUCGUAAGCACCAUGCCUGACCUGACAGACUGACGCAUGGGCGAGCCACCGGGUGAGAAUUCGGUCUCCCCUUUCCCCUUUCUCUCUAUCAGGCCAAGCUUGACUUCAGCGACUUUUUUCUGACGAAGGACUAUGACCCCUGGGUGGCUUACGGCAACAGUAAGCUGGCCAAUAUAUUGUUUACCAAGCAGCUCAACCAAUGGGCCGCAGAGGGCAGCCUCGGCAACGCCGCGGGCAACCUCCGGCAGCUCACGGCCGUGAGCUGCCACCCUGGGCUGGUGAGAACUGAGCUGGGGCGGUACUUCUUCAACACGGACAACAUUCCCCUGUUCCCGUUCGGCUGGCUGCUCACCCCACUGCUCAUCCCUGGGUGGGAAAUCAAGCUAGAAAGGGCAAUGGAUGGGUGUGGGCGGUGUGUUGGUUCCAUUCCAUCUCUGUGCACACUGUGUGUGUGUGCGGUCUGCGUGGAAUCAGGAUCUACGCGAGUCGGUCGCCCGAACGCGGUGCGCAGACGCAGAUCUACUGUGCGGCUGAGCCCACACUGCAGGUCACUUCAGUGACAAUGAAGCAAAUGAGUGUCUCUCGUUGAUCAACCGAGUACCUGCUUCUGGUGCGCGUGUGUGUAGGGAACAGCUGGGGGCGAGUAUUUCGAGGACUGCCACAUCAGUACUCCGUCAAAAGACGCAAGGGAUCGACAGGUGCGGAGAACGGACUGGUGCGUUCCCUGUCACUUGUGUGUGUUGAUGGAAUGGCCUGCUGUGUGUGAUGUGAUAUGUUGUGUUGUUGUUGUCAAGAUGGCGGCGCGGCUGUGGGAGGUGAGCGAGAAGCUGACAGGGGCCUCAUGGAACGCAUGACUGACACGACAGAGCGAUGCUGCGAUGGAUGGAUGGAUGGAUAGAUGAGAUACUGAGAGGUCGCUGAGAAGAGGAGUGUCAGAGAGAUAUCGUUUUGGGUGGGUCAGCCAUACUUGUGCAGCACUUGUGAGGGGUGGUUUGUGAAUGAAGACCUACACUGUAGGUGGAAGAAAAUCUCAGGGUGCGGUCUGCACGUGAUGUCAGAGACUUGACACCAGAGAGAGGUGAAUUCACCGCUUCAUUCGUCGGCUCAGCAGUCUGUCUGUCGCGUCACGACAGAAAAGCACGCAUCCGUCCACCCACCCGCAUACAGAGCCUCACUCUUCAGACAGACAGUCUGCUUUGUUUAC